CCUCUGGAGCGCGCGGAGGCAGCCCCGGGCAGCGGCCGUGCGCACCGGCCGGCGGGUUCAGGGUACCGGAAUUGCGUGCGGAGUUCUCGCAGCGCCCCAGCCGCGCGUCGGCCGCCCGUCCCCGCAGCCCGGGCUGGCGUUCCAGUUGCGGCUUGUGGCGGGCAACAUGUCAAGAGCCGCCGCCGGUCCAGCUGCCGCCGCCACCUGGGGACAAGCAACAGCAGCGGCGGCGGUGUCUGCGGGCACGCCGAGGCAGUAAAACCGAGGCCACCCCUCCCCAACCCCGGGCAUAACGCGGCCCAGGGGACGACCCUCCCCGAGCUCACGGCUCCGGCGAGGACUCUCGCGCCAUGUGCUGAAGCCAUGCCCCUGGCCGCGCCCGCGGGCAGCGCAUGGGGCAGCGCCUGAGCGGCGGCCGGUCCUGCCUCGAUGUCCCCGGCCGGCUCUGGCCGCAGCCGCCGACGCCACCGCCGCUGGUGAGGAGGAAACUGGCGUUGCUCUUCGCCAUGCUCUGCGUCUGGCUCUACAUGGUGCUGUACUCGUGCGCGGGUUCUUGCGCCGCGGCGCCGGGGCUCUUGGUGCUGGGCUCGGGGUCCCGCGCCGCACACGCUCCGCCAGCCUUGGUCACAGUCCCGAAUGUGACAUCUCCCAGGCUGCCUUUCCGGGAGGCGCCGGACACCGCACUGGCUGCGGGCAAGGAUGAGCUGCAAGGCGCCGGGAACCAGGAGGAGAUGAGUCCCGAGGCGCCGGACUCCCCGAGUCCCAUCUCUAGCUUCUUCAGCGGGUCCGGGAGCAAGCAGCUGCCGCAGGCCAUCAUCAUCGGCGUGAAGAAGGGCGGCACGCGGGCGCUGCUGGAGUUCCUGCGCGUGCACCCCGACGUGCGCGCCGUGGGCGCCGAACCCCACUUUUUCGACCGCAGCUACCACAAGGGCCUCGAUUGGUACCGGGACCUGAUGCCCAGAACCCUGGAGGGGCAGAUCACCAUGGAGAAGACGCCCAGCUACUUCGUGACGCGCGAGGCGCCCGCGCGCAUCUCGGCCAUGUCCAAGGACACCAAGCUGAUCGUGGUGGUGCGCGACCCGGUGACCAGGGCCGUCUCGGACUACACGCAGACGCUGUCCAAGCGGCCCGACAUCCCCAGCUUCGAGAGCCUGACGUUCCGGAACCGCAGCGCGGGCCUCAUCGACACGUCCUGGAGCGCCAUCCAGAUCGGCCUGUACGCCAAGCACCUGGAGCCCUGGCUGCGCCACUUCCCGCUCGGACAGAUGCUCUUCGUGAGCGGCGAGCGGCUGGUCAGCGACCCGGCCGGAGAGCUGGGCCGCGUGCAGGACUUCCUGGGCCUCAAGCGCAUCAUCACCGACAAGCACUUCUACUUCAACCAGACCAAGGGCUUCCCCUGCCUCAAGAAAGCCGAGGGCAGCAGCAAGCCGCACUGCCUGGGCAAGACCAAGGGCCGAGCGCACCCGGCCAUCGCGCGCGAGGUGCUGCGGAGGCUGCGGGAUUUCUACCGGCCCUUCAACCGCAAGUUCUACCAGAUGACCGGCCAGGACUUCGGCUGGGACUGAAACGCCGGCCACCCACCCACCCCGCUCAGCUGCGCCACUUCCCACGUGGCUUAUCUAUUGAGAGAGAUUAUAUGUAUGUAAAAUGUACAGAAAUCUAUUUUAUAAUAAUUUAUUUUUAAUUAAUAAGCAAUUAAUUCACUAAGCUGCCUAGCCACACUCUUCAGAGCGUUAGUGUCAAUGAUGUGUUAACAUUCCAAAGUGUUUUAGCUCAGAUGUGUUGUUCUGUCCUUCACAACUAUGGUGCUUCCCCCCCUUCCCCUCCCCAGCAUAUUUAAAAAGAAGAAAAGCACAACUUGAGAUUUUUGUUACGGGUAUUCUGCGGUCAAUUGUCAGCUGAUUGACUCCUCGCCUGCUGUCUCCUCAGGUUGGGGGGGUGUCUCAGUUGGGUCCCUAUGUCUUUUCCUGCAUGUGUACCUGGUUGGAGUAAUGAGCCUGCCAGUGAUCUCAUUUACAUAGCAGAUUCUUCAGGCAUGUGGUGCCAGGGUGGAUUUCUCCCACACCCACAAGACGUGGGGCGGGGGACCAUCUCCCUUAGGGAGAGAUCCACGUUCUUUAUUUAGUCUGCAUACUUUAGCUUUUCAUGUUUGGAGGAUGGCCCUGCAUCAUGCUCCGUCCCGUUCCCUGGCUCACGUAGCAGCUUGAAGUAUAUGUAAACAUUAGUUCCUCUUCCUCGAGUCCCAUGCGUGAGACGCAUGGGUGCUGCUUUAGAAAUAAAGAAAUCUCAUUUGCACGACAGUGCACCGUGAAAUCCUUUCUCCAGGCAGAGAGUUCUGCUGUAGCACACCAAAGAAUCCCCCGGGGUUGGCAGAGCUAUCGGCACAAACCCCAAGGGGUUGAGUUCCACGGGGACUCAGGUGCCUCUCUUGCCAUCAGCAUCUACCAAGGUGUUACUAGGUGUAGCUAGAUACCAGUGGCACUGAGCAAUCGUCUCAGCCUCGAUAGGGAGAAAAGACGAAGAGCCCAAGAUGACAGGCAACCUGGCGGUGGGAGGGAAUCCCUGGCGAUGCAGCCGAAUGUCUCUCUGGAAUUCCUAGCUCAUCUCAGAGUGACGGCAUGGAAUGAAGAGUGGCCCCUGGUAACGACAGGCGGGGAAGCUGGCCCGCGCUUGCAAUCGACACUCAAGUCUGACGAGUGUGCAGCUGUCCCCGCAGAAGUGGAGCCUUGGAGGAACGGUUGCCUGCAUUGCUGCUUUUGCACCGGCGGCUGUCACCCCAAUCUCUGGGUAGAGAAGGCAGUGAGGGUCUUUCAUGAGGACUGUUGGGCAGCAGCUGAGUAGCUAUGUGGUGGUAUCACAUAAUGAUAUAUUUUAGCUACUCCUCCGUUUCCUAAACCAGAAUGCUUCCAUUCCAAAAGAAUUGCUCGUUAUCAAGGGAAGGCAUGCAGAAGGUCAAAAUGGCAGCAUUGUGACAUUUACAAAGAUUUCUGUUGUGUGUUUUUAGUUAAGGAUAACUUGACGUGGUAAUACCAGUUCCAGGAGAAGAGGAGGAGACAAUUCAUCUCUACAAACUAGUGAGGCGAUGUCGCUUGUCCAUCGCCGACAUUGUGAUAAUCUGGUUGUAGCCCAGUUCUAGCGAGCUUUUGCUUGGCAGCCAAGCUUCCUGGGAAGCUCUGGAGUGAGCAAAGUGGCCCCGGCUCCUCAGAUGCUUCAUUCAUUUGUUUUCCUACUGCAGUACUGGAGUUGGAACCCAGGACCUUUCACAGACUAGACAGACACUGUACCACUGAGCUGCAACCCCAACCCAUUUCGUAAGAAUUUUUGUUUGUUUGUUUUGCUUUUUUUUAUUCUAUCUAUAUGAAGUAGUAUGUAGUGUGCACUUAGGUUGGCACCAUAACUCUAGCAUGCUUUUCCAUGCUGGCUGCUUGGGUGUGAGGAAACACCUGCACUAAAGUGUGCCCACUGGGGGUGCGUUUUUCAGUUUGGAAUGCUGUUUGACAUCUAAGCAGGAACACCUCUUCUCUCCCACAGCAUGACCUUGCUUGCAUUCAAGGGCAGCACCCAAGGCCUUCACUAGACUUGCCUGGUGGUUUUCUGGCUGCUCUUGGGGUCUCAUGUGACUCAUGAUGUAGGGACUGCAGAGAGCUCAGGGACAGCUAUCCGGCAAAGGCAGAGGAAAACGUGUGGGACCUUUCCUUCUCCGUCAGCUCCUUGCCCUCCUUCCAAGAGGAACAGCUUUUGUUUGUUUAUUCCUUGCUUUAAAAUAAAACAGGACAUGUGAAGAUAGAAGGAGGGUCACUUAGACGUGAGCACUGAAGUAGGGCACAGUCUAUUCUGGGUCAAGUCCUUGAAUCCAAGCAGAUGUAGACAAUUAGUGCUGAUGCAGCUGAGGGAGUUGUUCAAUGUAAGACAAAUAAAUCAAACACCACGUGUGUCUUCUCACUGGGCUCCAAUAGCCUAUAGGUCCUUACUGACCCGGACACUGCAUCUGCCCCAUAAUGAUACCUCAGCAUGUGAUAACUGUUACCAGCCUGCAUAUCCCCUUCUUGGAGAAGUUAGGGAACAUGGAAAAGUAAGCCUGGGUCUCUUCCUGUCCUGGCCAUUUGCAUGGUCACUGAGUUUGCCUUCUGCAUUGCUAGAUGACAAAUAGCAGUCCGUGUCUGGCAGUCUGUCCCACCACCACAUGCUUGAGGCUUCUUCAAGUCAAAGGAGAAGGUCUGGUAUUCACUGACGCAUAUUAUUCCUUCCAGCAUUCUUCCUUUCCUAAUUUUAAGACAAAGCUGAACAAAAAUAGAUUUUAUCAGUCCUCUCUGUCUUUGAGGUGUUUGUGUGCAGUGGUCUGCGUUCACUUUCUGUGGUAUCUGGAAAGCGUGACUAUGGAAUAUUCUCCUGAAUGGUGCAGGAGAAAUUGUCUCAUGGGAAUCAUUUGGAGUGCCAGAUACACUUCAGACCUUUGGAGACAUCUGCCUAUAGAUCCUACAGGAAUGUUCUUCUCACAAAAGGGGGGGAUGGGAGGUUAAACUAGAAAUCUUUCAGUAGGUAUCCAAGAUGACACAGAAGUCAAUGUCAUUUCUUGUUUCGGUUUUUCAGGAAGAAUGGCUAAUUUAAAAGGUGUGGUUAGAUUUUUUUUUCACUUUUGUAACAUUAAUUUAUGUCUGAGUUUUCAUUCAACCCAGUAAGAUACUUUGCAAAUCUUAGUGGUUUUUCUUCUAUAACGUGGAUGUUAGAAUAGCCAAUAUGUACAAAAAAAAUUAAAUCAAGUAUUUUGUCCUAUGUAUAACACAAAUUAAUUUUACACAGAGAAAGAUGUU